AUGCAAUUGCCGCAUCUCCUCGUCGUCCAUGGCUUGAAGCUUUUCUGGGAUCGCGUCACCUUUUCCCGGCUCACGAAGAUCUACUUCGCUUUUUCGGUUCUCCACUGCAUCAUCCAGGUUAUCUUCCAGGUGCAAGCGUUUGUGGCCAAUGCAGAUGCUGCCAAAUUCCUCUCAGGUCUCAUAGCCCAGGGCAAUGCCACUGACCCUGGCUUUGCUGUCUACGAGACCGACCUCCGCAUGUGCGAUGCUGUCCCCGCAAAGGUACUAGACUCCAGUUCAUGUACUGUCAUCUGGGAUGGUCAUACAAGCGCGAACGGCUCGCAACUCAUUAGCGGCAGCGGCACCAAUUAUGCUGCUAAUGUCACGCAGUCGUCUCCCGCGGCGGUGUCUACCAUCACACUCGACUCCUCUGUCUCUGCGUCGCCCUCAACUACUGCUGUCCUCUCGGUCAACGCCACAGUUUUAUCGUCCACUGUCGCGUCUACUUCGUCUGCCACUCUCUCGACAACCGCUCUCUCGCAAUCGUCUGUCCUUUCGUCGGCUGCUUCCAGUUCCCUUGCUACCCAGUCAUCGGCUUCAUCCUCUAUCCAGUCUGCGCUGUCCUCUUCGCCCGACGCUGGAACGUCUUCCUCAACGAAGGCUCUGUGGGCUUCUUCGACCAAAGCCGCGUCGUCUUCUUCGACCAAGGCCGCGUCGUCAUCCGCUGCGAAGGUCGUGUCAUCUGCCGUUGCCACUGCCGCUCACGCUAAGACGAUUACACUCACUGUGUCGGAAUCUGCGACUGCUACCGCUACUGCCACCAAGACUACGGCUAGCAAUGAUAGCGACAGUGAUGAUGACAGCGACGACGAGUCUGGUGAUGAGGAUGACAACCUCUUCGACCGUCGGGAUGUUGUGAAGCCCGAGACUCAAUUGCGGCUCACUCUCAACGGCACCUCCACCGUCAACCUCCAUGGCCUCAAUGGUGUCUUCGCGACUGAGCUGCCACGCAAGUGCUUGUACGUUUUGAACUGGCCUGUUGACGUGGUUGACAACACGAAGCGUGAGGACAUUACGUUCAUCGCAUUCCAGAUCUGGCUCCUAGGGAUGUCUUUGGUUGCACUGUUGAAUGAGUCGAUCCCUCACAUUGCCGCUUCGCUCUUGACCCACAUCAUGGCCACGGCUUGGGGAGGCUUCCAGAUUGUCAACACCAACGACUUCCAUAAGAAGUUCAGCACUUUGACGACGAAGGGCGCAUGCGGCGUCAACCUCCUACCUGAAUACUGGAAGAGACGCUCGAACGCUGAGAUCCCCAGCUUGGCCCUCAAUGUGUUUGCUCUGCUUGUAUCCGCCUUCCUUAGCUGGAGGCUCAUGAAGACUUUCGGCUGGCAGACCUUCAAGCGUGUCGGCGCGUCGCGCACCAUCAACCGCGUCUACAACCUCGUUUUGAUGUUUUCCAUUGGGAUCCAGCUCGCGCUGUUCUUUGUCGGGGUGUCGGCUGCGCUCUGGGUUGACCAAGUGUACAACGGCAACAUCGGCCGUCUCACCCAGGACCCGACCUUCUUCAAGGCUGUCAUGAUCACUGUUCUAGUUCUCCUCAUCCCUUGGCUCUCAGUGGGCUGGAUAUCAGUUCGCAGGGAGUAUAGGAUCCGGAUGCUGACGUUCUUGGCCGUUGCUAUCCUUGUCCUCGCCGGCUGGGGCACGAUGUUCAUCGCGGCAACCUUCCGCUGGACAUACGUCACCUGGUUUUUCUUCAGGGUCAUGACUACUGGUGCAGUUCUACUGGCGCUCGCGGUCCUUAUCCUUGGCAUCGUCUGCCGUGUCAACUUCGGCAAGGGUCUCACUCGCUACCUCAACGCACACGAAGAGCUCAACGACGAGGGCGACUACCCAACCGAGAAGACGUACGACUCGGAGAAGAUCGACUUCCCCUCGGGGGACUCGAGCGUCCCGAGCUUCUCCGUCACAUUCGGCUCCGGGCUCGAGGUCCCUCCCCCCUCGCAGAUGCGCUUCGGCCCCGCGCCGCGCGCCAUGGGCCCGCGCUUCUACUCGCAGACGAACUCGACCGCGUCGGACCCGUUCAACUCGCCGGUCGAGGGCAACUCGCUCCGCGCCCUCACGCUCUCGCGCCAGAACAGCGCGAGCAGCCAGAUGAGCCACUCGUCGACGCGCAGCGCCACCUCCGCGCACUCGACGAACUCGGCAGGGUCGACGGGCCCGGGGCGGGGCAAGCGCUGGGUGAUCGAGUAG